AUGCUGGCGUCGCGAUUUUCCAGAGCUCUUCCCCGGGCAGCCACCACAGCUCCGCGAUGGGCAGCACCUCUGCGGAAACCUCUCGGCGCUUCUUUCGCUCGCUAUGAGUCGACGGAAGGCAAGGUCCAGGGUGCCGUUAUUGGUAUUGAUCUGGGUACAACAAACUCUGCCGUCGCCAUCAUGGAGGGCAAGGUGCCCAGAAUUAUCGAGAACUCGGAAGGUGCACGAACAACCCCCUCCGUCGUCGCAUUUGCCCAGGAUGGCGAGCGACUGGUUGGUGUUGCUGCCAAGCGACAGGCCGUCGUCAACCCCGAGAAUACCCUGUUUGCUACCAAGCGAUUAAUCGGACGAAAGUUCACUGAUGCCGAGGUCCAAAGAGAUAUCAAGGAGGUCCCCUACAAGAUUGUCCAGCACACCAACGGCGACGCUUGGGUCGAGGCGCGAGGCCAGAAGUACUCCCCUUCGCAAAUUGGUGGUUUCGUCCUCAACAAGAUGAAGGAGACUGCCGAGGCUUACCUGAGCAAGAACGUCAAGAACGCCGUUGUCACUGUCCCUGCCUACUUCAACGACUCCCAACGUCAAGCAACCAAGGACGCUGGUCAGAUCUCAGGUCUCAAUGUUCUUCGAGUCGUCAACGAGCCCACCGCCGCUGCUUUGGCCUACGGUCUGGAGAAGGAGGCUGACCGGGUCGUCGCUGUCUACGAUUUAGGUGGUGGUACCUUCGAUAUCUCGAUUCUUGAGAUUCAGAACGGUGUCUUCGAGGUCAAGUCCACCAACGGUGACACACACUUGGGUGGUGAAGAUUUCGAUAUCCACCUAGUGCGCCACCUGGUCAAGCAGUUCAAGGCCGACUCUGGCAUUGAUCUGUCCAACGAUCGCAUGGCUAUCCAGAGAAUUCGUGAGGCCGCCGAAAAGGCCAAGAUCGAGCUCUCGUCUUCUCUCCAGACCGACAUCAGCCUUCCCUUCAUCACGGCCGAUGCCUCCGGCCCCAAGCACAUCAACAGCAAGAUGACCCGAUCUCAGCUCGAGAGCAUGAUGGACCCUCUCAUCACCAAGACUAUCGAACCCGUCCGCAAGGCUCUCAAGGACGCCAGCCUGCAAGCCAAGGACAUCCAGGAAGUCAUUCUCGUCGGUGGCAUGACCCGUAUGCCCAAGGUCGCCGAGUCCGUCAAGAGCAUCUUCGGACGUGACCCCGCCAAGUCGGUCAACCCUGAUGAGGCUGUUGCCAUUGGUGCCGCCAUUCAGGGUGCUGUCCUCUCUGGUGAGGUCAAGGAUCUCCUGCUUCUGGACGUCACCCCUCUGUCCCUUGGUAUCGAGACUCUCGGUGGUGUCUUCACCCGAUUGAUCAACCGAAACACGACCAUUCCCACCAAGAAGUCGCAGGUCUUUUCCACGGCCGCUGACUUCCAGACUGCUGUCGAGAUCAAGGUCUACCAGGGUGAGCGUGAGCUUGUCCGAGACAACAAGCUGUUGGGCAACUUCCAGCUAGUCGGUAUCCCCCCGGCCCACCGUGGUGUUCCCCAGGUUGAGGUCACCUUCGACAUUGACGCCGAUUCUAUUGUUCACGUCCAUGCCAAGGACAAGAGCACCAACAAGGACCAGUCGAUCACAAUCGCUUCUGGUUCCGGUCUGUCCGACUCAGAGAUCGAGCAGAUGGUUGAGGACUCCGAGAAGUACGCCGAGGCAGACAAGGAGCGAAAGUCUGCCAUCGAGUCUGCCAACCGUGCCGACAGCGUCCUGAACGACACUGAGAAGGCGCUGAACGAGUUCGCUGACAGACUCGACAAGACUGAGGCUGACGGUAUCCGAGAGAAGAUCACUGCUCUGCGUGAAUUCGUCAGCAAGAGCCAGUCUGGCGAGGGUACCGCAACCGCCGAAGACAUCAAGACGAAGACUGACGAGCUGCAAAUGGCCAGCUUGAACCUCUUCGACAAGAUGCACAAGGCUCGCUCCGAGUCUGGUGAGCAAACCGGUAGCUCCGAGGCUGGAUCGACGGAGGCCAAGCCUGAGGACGAGAAGAAGCCUUAA